GCAUCCCGCACAAAGGUGGACCUAAAGCAAGGGGGUAGUUUACUGUUAUAUGAUCGAAACUUUGGUACAUCGUUAAUGCCGCGUUCAUAAAUGCAAAAGAUUGAAAAACAAGCCGAAUUUUCUCCAUUUUUGUAGAAAUUUAUCAUACAUACACUGAACGCUAAAGCAAAGCGUAGCGUACAAUUGUGAAAUACAUCAGUCCCUUUUUCUUUUUUCCUCUAAAUUCACAGUCUUUUCCUGCGUUCUUCCUCACUUUACUGUACAAGUUAUUGAGAGGUAUAGUUAUCAUUUCUAGAGCAAAUUUAAAGGUACAGCGUCAGCACUGCGUUUUUUAAAAACGGAUCCAACACGCUUUAAUUCGCUCAUACACACAUUCCGCUGACGUUCUGCCCAGCACACACACUCACACACACACACACACACACACACACACACACACACACACACACAGAGACACAGAGACACAGACAGACACUGCUGGCGUGACCAGAAAAAGGGCUGCUCGGUAACACUGAAGCGAGACAGCAGCAACGAGGACGAUAUCCGACUGGGAGGGGAAGAGAACGGCUCCAAAUAACAACAACAAUAAUAAGAGUGUCCGUACUGCCCGCUGCACUGUUCUGAAGAGAGAGAGAGAGAGACGCACACACACACACAGUGAGAGAGACUCUAGGCCAUAACCAUGCCACUGUUUGGUAAAUCCCACAAGAGUCCAACGGACAUUGUGAAGGCUCUGAAGGACAACCUGUCCAUUUUGGUGAAACAGGACAAGAAGACGGAGAAGGCUUCAGAGGAGGUGUCUAAAUGUCUGGUUGCAAUGAAGGAGAUCCUGUAUGGCACCAACGACAAGGAGCCACACACAGAGACCGUGGCCCAGCUGGCCCAGGAGCUGUACAACAGUGGCCUGCUCAUUUCACUGGUGGAGAACUUGCAGGUCAUCGACUUUGAGGGUAAGAAAGACGUGUGUCAGAUCUUCAACAACAUCCUGCGCAGGCAGAUUGGCACCCGCAGCCCCACAGUGGAGUACUUCUGUUCCCAUCAGGAAGUGCUCUUCAUCCUACUCAAAGGGUAUGAGACUCCUCAAGUGGCACUGAACUGUGGCAUUAUGCUCCGCGAGUGCAUCCGACAUGAACCGCUGGCCAAAAUCAUUUUGCACUCGGACCACUUUAAUGACUUCUUCAGCUACGUGGAGAUGUCCACAUUCGACAUAGCUUCUGACGCUUUCGCCACCUUCAAGGACCUUCUUACAAGACACAAGGUUCUAGUGGCAGAAUAUUUAGAACAGAACUAUGACGCAGUCUUUGAGAACUAUGAAAAGCUGCUGCACUCUGAAAACUAUGUGACAAAAAGGCAGUCAUUGAAGCUUUUGGGAGAGCUCCUCUUGGACAGACACAACUUCACUGUGAUGACGAGGUACAUCAGCAAGCCAGAGAAUCUCAAGCUCAUGAUGAAUCUACUGAGAGACAAAAGCCCCAACAUCCAGUUUGAGGCGUUUCACGUCUUCAAGGUGUUUGUGGCUAACCCCAACAAGACGCAGCCCAUCGUAGACAUACUUCUGAAGAACCAAACGAAACUCAUCGAUUUCCUUAGCAACUUCCAGAAGGACCGCACAGACGACGAACAGUUUAAUGAUGAAAAGACGUACCUCAUCAAACAGAUACGAGACUUAAAGAAACCAGCCUCCUAAACUUUAGCUAGCAAUCGAGUUAUUAAGCACCUCAUCUUUUUACUGAGGAAAAAUAAAUGAAAAAAAUCACAAAAAUCUAUUAACAAUAAUAAUUAUAUUUAAAAUCUUAAGACAUUUGUCUUUUCUUAGUCACGAGGCUCGCGAGUGAUAGUUUUCAAUCACUGACCGUUCAGUUUUUUUUUGUUUUUUUUUGCUUUCUUUCAUGAGCAUUUUUCAUUAGUUUCAUCUGACUAGUGUGCCACGAUAGGAUGUUUAAAAAAAGAAAAAAAAGCAACCAAUUUUGUUUCAGGAAGAACCAAAGGUUGUAGUAACCUCAAGAGAAGUGGGAGAGUCAGGACCUAAGAGAACGCUUCACAUUUUCGUUUUAACAUUCUGAUUAUUGUGUUUCCCGACAGCAUUUACCACUCCAAAUACUGUUCAGACACCCACAGUUCUGGCAUGCUAAAGAAAGAGUUGCUCUUGUACAUUUUGUAGACGAUACCAGUAGAAGAAUUGUAGGAAAGGAGGUUGCAUUCCCCAAUUAUUUAUAAAGCUUUUUUUAGGACUCCUUCUGUAUUUAGAAGGUUCAUUCCUGCAUUCCUUUAUUCUUUUUCUACACUAUCCCCCCCCCCUUUACUCUGAAGCUUCUCCUGCACCUGUAUGGCUUACUGCGUACUGACUCUCUGGGCUCAGAAUUUGCUUGAUUUCUCAAAAAAAAUAUAUAUAUAUUGCUCAUGUAAUCCCUUUUUAGUGUUUUUAAAUAAUUAUUUUUAAGAAUGAUUUGAUUAUACCAGUGUUUUAUUUGUUAGGUUUCUGAAUGAAACAGAAGCGCAGUUCAUCUUAAUGUGUGCUUUAGUAAUAUAUAGACCUAACCAAAUUUCUUUUUUGUUUUGUUUUGAGUUAUCAGAUCACAUAUGUUUGCAAAACAGGGCGUGUAACCUUCUCGUUCUCUAUUUCUACUUGAUGACAUGUUUACCUUUCGUGUUAUUAAAAAAAACUGGUUUUAGUCUGAAAGUGGGUGCCAUUGUAGAGAAUAUAAGACAAAAUGUACUUUGGCAUUUUCUGUAGUAGCUUCUUUUGCAGUGAAUGGAGGGAGCAUACAGAAAAAUGAGCCUCUACAGGUAUAUGUCUCUUCUGUACUAUAGCGCGCCAUGUAGAUGCAGCUAUAGUAUUUUGGUAGUACUGUAGUGCAUUCAGUGCUAUAGUAUUCCUAUAGCAGGUUUAAUAGCCUCCUAUAGGAUCCAUGUAGUAGCUUACUAUAGUACAUACUAUACUUUAGUAUCUCACUAAUAUUAUUGUACAAUUUUACGUUCUAGUACAACCUGCAGUACUAGAGUCAUUCUGUACAGACAUGCGUCUGUAGUACGACUGUAUUCUUCUGUUCAGUAGCCAUUAUUUUAGCUGUUCAUUUGUGGAUUUGGCAGGCGAGACGUCGAUUAGGUUUGUAGCUAAAACACAGUUGAGGACACGAACGUACAAAACAGGUGCCUUUUGUUGUGUUUUAAUUGUAUUUCUUUUUUUCCCUGGUGUUUAUUUUGUAUUUUAUAAGAACAGAUCUUUCUUAGGGGGAGCUUAAUUUUGUUUUUUUGUUAAUUUUCAAAAAAAAAAUAAAAAUAUGUUCAAGUUGAGCAUAUUUGAAUCGAUUAAGCAGUGAACCUCUUUAACUCACUAUAUUUGAGUUAUGCUGAUGAAGA